CUCUCAACAACCUUGUUUUCCCUCUACUCUUCCUUCCUCCCGUUCAUCUUCUUCCUCUCUCCUUUGAUCCACUAUAAUCUAAUGGCUUCCUCCAUCUCUUCCAAGCCAUUCCUAUCCGGUGCUUUUUCUUCCUUCAAUUCGGAUGGCCGUUAUCUUUCCUCCGCCGUGGUUCAAAUCUCUGUUCGCCCUGGCACUCCCAAGAGACUGCAGAUACAGGCAGCAGGUAGUACCUAUGGAAAUUAUUUUCGUGUGACAACAUAUGGAGAAUCUCAUGGAGGAGGUGUUGGUUGCGUAAUUGAUGGAUGCCCUCCUCGUCUACCACUAUCUGAAGCGGACAUGCAAGUGGAUCUUGAUAGGAGGAGGCCAGGUCAGAGCCGAAUUACUACUCCCAGAAAAGAGACUGAUACGUGUAAAAUAUUUUCAGGAGUUUCUGAAGGAGUUACUACUGGAACGCCAAUUCAUGUAUUUGUUCCCAACACUGAUCAGAGAGGACAUGAUUAUAGUGAGAUGUCAUUAGCUUAUAGACCGUCACAUGCAGAUGCCACUUAUGAUAUGAAGUACGGUGUGCGAUCAGUGCAGGGAGGUGGUAGAUCUUCUGCAAGGGAAACCAUUGGAAGAGUUGCUUCUGGUGCUGUUGCUAAGAAAAUCCUUAAGGAGUUUUCUGGAACUGAGGUUCUUGCUUAUGUCUCUCAAGUUCACAAGGUUGUUCUUCCUGAGGACCUAAUUGAUCAUGACACUCUGACACUUGAACAGAUUGAAAGUAACAUUGUCCGAUGCCCCAACCCAGAAUAUGCAGAGAAGAUGAUAGCUGCUGUUGAUGCUGUCCGGGUGAAAGGUGAUUCUGUUGGUGGAGUUGUAACAUGCAUUGUGAGGAAUUGCCCACGUGGGCUUGGUUCACCUGUAUUUGACAAACUUGAAGCUGAACUGGCUAAAGCUAUCAUGUCACUGCCUGCGACGAAGGGCUUCCAGUUUGGCAGUGGGUUUGCAGGUACUUUUUUAACUGGCAGUGAACACAAUGAUGAGUUUUAUGUAGAUGAACAAGGAAAGAUGAGAACAAGAACUAACCGCUCAGGUGGCAUUCAGGGUGGAAUUUCCAAUGGCGAGAUCAUAAACAUGAGAGUAGCUUUCAAGCCAACAUCUACCAUUGGAAAAAAACAGCAUACGGUGACCAGAGAUAAGAAAGAAACAGAGCUAAUAGCCCGUGGUCGCCAUGAUCCUUGUGUUGUCCCUAGAGCUGUACCCAUGGUAGAAGCCAUGGUAGCUUUGGUUCUUGCGGAUCAAUUGAUGGCACAAUAUGCUCAGUGUAAUCUGUUUCGUGUCAACCCUGACUUGCAAGAACCAUUAUUGCCCGUGUUAGAGCCGGCCGAAGUACCUUUUUGAAAGAAGAUGAAGGCAAGUGUACCAUAAAUUAAAUUUCAGUGCUGGUCAGUAGUAUUUAGUUAUGAAAGAAAUUUCUUUCAGUGUGAGACUUACGCAAGUUCUCGGAAUUUCUCUCUCUUCAAGGCUUUUUUUUUUCUUUCUCUUUCUUUUUGCGUAAACAACAGGGGGUUUAGUUUUGGUUGUGCUAUGUCAUUCAUGUUGAAUGUAUUUUGCUCAUCCAGGUCAUAAUAAACGACUAGAUUUCCAUGGUUGCUAAAUGUGUCAAGGAGCUUGUGAUUCUUAUAUCCAGUCCUCGUGUUUAUAUUUGUAGUGAAAGCGAACAUGAUGUCAAAAAUUCGAUUUCAACAUGCAUCGGACGUGUGGUAUUAUAUGGGUUUUAACACUA